GCAUUGAAGCCACAGAUCUGGCAAGCUUGUUGUGCAGAUUUGAGCAAGCAAAAUGUACAUCCUCAACUUACUUUGAACCUCCUUGCCACCUUGUUGAGUCUCCUUCAGCACCAGUUCUUGUCAAAUCUGAAAUCACAACCGAGCCUUCAGUAACACUAAAGGAGAUGUCAAGCAUCUUUAUAGGCAAGGCAGCUGAGUCCAGAAAUAUGCCGGUGUCAGGACACAGUGACAUUAGCUCCAUCGCAGACACUUUAGACAGUUUCUUAGCACAAAGCCAGUUUAUGUUUCAGGACGUAGUCUCACUGCCAGAUUUUUCGUCAAACGGAGAUAUGCUGGACACUUUUUCAAGCCCUAUAAAAAAUGAAUUUACAGACGAAUUCUUAGAGAUAUUUGCAUCGGAUGACUUGUCUACAAAUAACACUUUAUAUUCAGCUGUUGCUAUGUCAGACAUGAAUGAUUCUCAUUCGAACUGCAGUUCAUUAUCUUCCUUGCUGCACCAAAACAGUAUAUUUUCAGGCAGUAGUAACGACGGAGAAAUCUGUUUAAACGAUAUGGUCGAUAUCAAAAAUGGUAUCUCUGACAUAAUCUUGGAGUCUUCCUUCAGUAAUCUACAAUGUGAUCAGCCUUCAUUAGAACAUGUGGUGACAAGUGAUUCUCAGCUGUGGGAGAUCUUCAUGGGUUUAGAUCACAGUUAUUGUUCAAGACCGUUGCCAGAAGCUGAUUGUACAAAGGAUGCUUCAGGAUGUUUAGCUGUCUUCGGAGACUAUCCGGAAAAUUCAUGCUACGACCAAACGCUGUUGGAGUGCGUCACCAAUGUGUUAGAUGACUCAUGUUCUGUGCCUGGCUUAGCAAAUGCAGAGAUGUUUUCUAUAGAAGAAGAAGAAAUAGUUAUUGAUGCUAAAGAAGAGGAAAUCAUUAUUGAUGCCAAAGAAGAGGAAAUCAAUAUUGAUGCUGAAGAAAAGAACAUUUUUUUUGAUACUAAAGAAGAGGAAAUUAUUUUUGGUGCUAAAGAAGAGAAAAUCAUUUUUGGUGCUAAAGAAGAGGAAAUCAUUUUUGGUGCUAAAGAAGAGAAAAUCGUUAUUGAUACUGACAGUAAUGGUAUGUACUGCAAUCCUUCAGGUCAGUUACCAGGUUGUGAAUCAUUUGAUAAACAUUUGAGCAGUCUUGAAGAUGUUCAAACAGCCGAAGAGAAUAUCCCAGUAAAGCUGAACAAUUCAGUGAAUAGUAGUGUUGAUAAUAUGGAAUUAAACACUGAUCCUUCGAGUGAGGACGCAGAGGUCUUUUUUGACAAGAUUCCAGCUUAUUACACAGCACUGUCUAUAUCUUCAAAACCACUGACAACUUCUGUGUUUGCCAGUUCCACAAAAAACAUAGGUAGUACUGAUCAUUUGGACAUGUGGGAUUCUAAGGAGAAAUGUGAUGACAGACAUUAUGACAAAGUGCCUCCUAUUCGACGUUGCUUCGCAAACACAGUAAAGGAAGUUGAAAUAAAACCUGGUAGCUCAGACAAUGUUAAUGUUGCUACCGCUCCUGAGCCUGAAAAGGAUGUUCUUCCAAACUCUUCAGCACAGAAAACUGUGAUCGUACCAUUGACUGUUGAGAAUGUAGCAGCCACAGCUGACUUGAAGCACCCUAAGAGGUCACAUUCCCCAUAUACUAAAACUGCGAGCCGCUGCUCCAGAUCUCCAGUAAAGCGCUCUCCAUCCACUUCAAGAUUUUCUAGACACUCAGCAUCAAGUUCAUCGGACUGCUCGACUUGCUCCUCGUGCUCUCGGUGCUCAACAUGCUCACUCUCAAGGUCAUGCAGCUCAAGUGGCAGUGAAAGGGACUCUUCAUUAUGUUCGGAUUACAGAAGAAGCAAUGGCCAUUCACCCAAGAUAAGGCACCCAUUCAUCACUCAUAACUGUUUCCAGCAAUGGCUACCAAAGAUGAUAUUUCGGCACAAAUAUAAAGCUAAACAUGAUUCGGCUAUGGAUAUGAGAACAUUGCAGAAAAGAAAACUCAAGGAAGAAGAGCAAACUAAAGCUAUGGAGGAAAGACGAAUAGUGUACGUUGGUAAAAUUCCAGAUGGCUACACCAAAAAGCAGCUAUAUCAAAGAUUUCAGAGUUUUGGUGAAAUUAAAGAAGUAAAAGUGAACUUUAGAGAACAUGGGGAUAACUAUGGUUUUGUUACCUUUGCAUAUUCCUGUGAUGCAGUAGCUGCUAAAGAAAAAGGCAACAGUAAGCCAGGUGAAGCCAGAUUUGAUCUCUGUUUUGGAGGAAGACGCCAUUUCUGCCCAGAUCAGUAUGCUGACUUAGAUGGGAACCGUGAAAUUGAGGAAGAGUAUGCUUCCAUACCUGGAAACGGGUCACAGGGAUUAGAUUUUGCAGCUCUUCUCAAACUACACAGUUCUCAGCAGAGGAAAAAGUGA